GUUCAAGACCGUCGACCCCAGCAGCAACCAGCACACUGACUCCAGCAGCAACUAGCACAUCAACUCCAACAGCAACCAGCACAUCAGACACUGCAGCAACCAGCACAUUAAUCCCAGCAGCAACCAGCACAUCAGACCCACCAGCAACCAGCACAUCAAUCCCAGCAGCAACAAGCACAUCAGACUCAGCAGCAUCCAGCAUGUUGAUCCCAGCAGCAACCAGCACAUCGAUCCUAGCAGCAACCAGCAGAUCUGACCCAGUAGCAACCAGCACAUCGAUCCAAACAACCAGCACAUCAGACCCAGCAGCAACCAGCACAUCAGACACAGCAGAAACUAGCACAUCGAUCCCAACAACAACCAGCACAUCAGACCCUGCAGUUGCCAGCACAUUGAUGCCAACAAUGACCAGAACAUCAGACACAGCAGCAACCAGCACAUCGAUCCCAGCAGCAACCAGAACAUCGAUCCCAGCAGCAACCAGCACAUCAGACCCUGCAGCAAACAACACAUCGAUCCCAGCAACAACCAGCACAUCAGACCCACCAGCAACCAGCACAUUGAUCCCAGCAGCAACUAGCACAUCAGACCCAGCAGCAAACAACACAUCGAUCCCAGCAGCAACCAGCAGAUCUGACCCAGUAGCAACCAGCACAUCGAUCCAAACAACCAGCACAUCAGACCCAGUAGUAAGCAGCACAUUGAUCCCAGCAGCAACCAAUACAUCAAUGCCAGCAGCAUCCAACACAUCA